GUGAUAUAAAUCUCUCUUCUUCAGAGUUGGCAUGAAAUAGUAAUUGCCUCACGGGAGUCUAAGGAAGCCACUUCAUGAUCCCUAUUUAUUGAGUGGUAGAGGAAAACUUUGAAGAAACAAAUUUUCUUAGUAAGACUUAUAGUGAUUGCUACCACAACCAUGAAUUGUAGGAGGCUGCUUUAUGUAGUUGUGUGGUUCAAUCUCUGUGUAGCAUGCACAUUCAUUCAAGUUUCAGCUGGGAAUGCCUCUAACUUCAGCAAAUGUUGGUUCCCAGCAAUUUACAACUUUGGUGACUCAAAUUCAGACACAGGAGCUGUUUUUGCAGCAUUCACAGGGGUGAAGCCUCCUAAUGGCAUAAGCUUCUUUGGAAGCCUCUCAGGAAGGGCUUCUGAUGGCCGUCUCAUCAUAGAUUUUAUGACUGAAGAGUUGAAGCUGCCAUACCUGAAUGCAUAUUUGGACUCAGUUGGAUCCAAUUACAGGCAUGGUGCAAACUUUGCAGUAGGAGGCUCCUCCAUUCGGCCUGGUGGUUUUAGUCCAUUCCCUCUUGGCCUUCAAGUAGCUCAGUUCCUACUGUUCAAGUCUCGCACCAACACUCUUUUUAAUCAGCUUUCUAACAACAGGACAGAACCACCUUUCAAGAAUAGUGUUCCAAGGCCUGAGGACUUUUCCAGAGCCCUAUACACCUUUGAUAUUGGACAAAAUGAUCUUGCCUUUGGUCUUCAACACACUUCACAGGAACAAGUUAUAAAGUCAAUUCCUGAAAUCUUAAACCAGUUCUUCCAAGCAGUGCAGCAACUAUACAAUGUAGGGGCAAGAGUGUUCUGGAUUCAUAACACCGGUCCAAUUGGUUGCUUGCCCUAUAGUUACAUUUAUUAUGAGCCCAAGAAGGGUAACGUAGAUGCAAAUGGCUGUGUAAAACCUCAGAAUGAUCUUGCUCAGGAAUUUAACAGGCAGCUCAAGGACCAAGUGUUUCAGAUAAGGAGAAAGUUCCCACUUGCAAAAUUUACAUAUGUUGAUGUGUAUACUGCCAAGUAUGAACUAAUCAGCAAUGCAAGAAACCAAGGUUUUGUGAGUCCAUUGGAGUUCUGUUGUGGCAGUUACUAUGGUUACCACAUAAAUUGUGGGAAGACAGCCAUAGUAAAUGGAACAGUAUAUGGAAAUCCAUGCAAAAAUCCUUCCCAACAUGUUAGUUGGGAUGGCAUACACUACUCUCAAGCAGCAAAUCAAUGGGUUGCUAAAAGAAUUCUCUAUGGAUCCCUCUCUGAUCCACCUGUUCAAAUAGGGCAGGCAUGUUUCUGAGUAUAGUUCAUUCAGUUCACGCGUUACUAGCUAGAGAGUGCCAUACAUUAUGGGGGUGGUCUUCAUUCUUCACAUUGUUAUUAUUUCCAUAAACAAGCACUUUGUUUAAGAACAAUUAAUUGGGGAGCUGUGCACAUGAGUAAGAACAUAUAUCAUAAUUUAUGUUGUGGGAAAAGCUUUUGUAGCUCAAUUUUGGAAAUGUGAGGUCACACUGUAACGGCUCAACUACCAGAUUAUGGUGUAUAUCUUUAUAAAGGAUUGAAAGACAAGAAUUUGUUGUUUAGUCAACUUAAAUAUUUGGAUUUUAGUGCAGGCCCCUUUUAUA